UCAACAGUUCACCAAGUUUUCAGAGAAGGCAAACAAGACAAAAGAGAAAAAUAUCAAGAGAAGUCCUAGACAGCAUGGCUCUCGUAUUCAGAUUUCCAAGCUAUCAUCCAUGCAGCUACUACAACCGAGCUCACAGAGGCUAUGACUUUUUCCACGAUCUAUGGAAAGAGAUCGCCCGCCCUUACGAACAGCAAGCACGAAAUUCUGAUCAGGGACCAACAAAGAUUGCCUCUGUACCGCUGAGUCAUUACAAACCUGAAGAAAUCUCGCUUGAGGUGGAUAACGAAAAGGUCAUCUUACAUGGCUUGCAUCAAUUCGAACGAGAAGAUGGAUUCGAGAAAAGCGAGUUCAAGAGAGUGUUCAGACUACCUCAGGGUAUAGAUCCAAAAACAGUCAAGUCACGCACUAGCCGAGAUGGCUGCGCUCUCGUAAUCGAGGGCAAGAAACAGGUGGAGGAAAAAGUUGACGAAGGGAAAUUUGAGGCCAAGUUAGAUUUCAGUGGUUUUAAACCAGAAGAGAUCAAGAUCCAACUCCGCGGAAAUGAGUUGAACAUCACUGGGAAACACCUCUCGGAGCGUGACGAUUUCUACCUGUCACGUGACUACAGUCGUCGUAUUCUGCUGCCCGAUGACGUUGAUCUAAGCUCAGUGACGUCACACUUGUCGAAAGAAGGCCUGCUGACCAUAGAAGCAUCACGUGAUCCAGCUUUGCUGCCGCACGAGAGAUCCGUUGACGUCACCAUGGAAACAUGUACAGCAGACGAGGAAUUAGGCGAGGAGCCAAAACAGACAACGAGCACAGACUCAGGAGAACCUGCAAGCGAAUGAGACAAAAAGGAAAUGUAGCUUGAAGAGUGAAGUAGAUAUUCAAAUUGAUUGAAUCGAACUGAGUUAUUAUUGUUUCGAAGCAAUUAUUUAGUUUUGCCCAGUUUCAUUGUAAUGUUCAUAAAUACAUUAGCGUUCGAUCUGGAAAAAAUACCUUUGCCUCUUUCAUACGACAGACUACAGCAAAUGAAAGAUUGAACUUCUGAUUAAUCAAUAAUAAUGUAAAUGUUAUUAAUAUGAAUAAUAAUAUUAACAUGAUUUCUGUAUUAUUUUUAUUUUGAAUUUUUAUGUCUCAAUCCUUUGGAUCUUGCAGACUGUGUUCUUGACAGCAGCAUGAUCAAUUUAAUUUAUACAAAACGAACUGAUAAAAUAAAUUUUCCAAAUCAAUAUAAUAUU